AUGGGCUUUAGCAAUGGAUAUAUCAUGAUCUUCUACGUGGCGCUGGGAUCAUUCACUUAUGGCUUCAAUAACUCUGUCAUUGGUUCUGUUCUGGGACUGAAGUCAUUUUUGGAAUAUUUUGACCUCAGUUCGAACGCUGGAGACAGUAGUUCAAACUCUAUCAUUGGCGCGGCUUCGGGUCUGUUUGCAGGCGGUGGUGCUAUCGGUGCCAUGCUCUUAGCAUGGCUUGCCGACAAAACAGGUCGCGUGCGGUCUAUGCAGGUGACAUGCGUCAUUUGCAUAAUAUCCGGUGCUAUUCAAGGUGGUUCCGUUCAUAUCGCCAUGUUUCUGAUAGGACGUUUCCUGUCCGGAAUCGGUGUCGGAUUGAUGGUCACUCUUAUUCCUAUAUACCAAAGUGAAGUCUCUCCCACUGAGAGCCGGGGACGAAUGGUGGGGAGCCAUGGAUUUUUGAUUGUCACGGGCUAUGCUUUUGCUGCAUGGACAGGUUUCGGUUGCUAUUUUUCUCCCCUGCCGGAAUUCCAGUGGCGGUUUGAACUCUCUGCCCAAGUCAUUGCACCGGCCUUGCUUCUCAUAGGGUCAUCAUGGCUUCCCGAGUCCCCUCGUUGGUUGAUUGAUCAAGACCGACACAAUGACGCUCUCAAAAUCCUUAGGCAACUGCACUCAAACUAUGACGAAUCGAACGAGGAGGACCCUGCUCAGCUUGAGCUGGAUAUGAUAUGUGCGCAGUUCACUCUCGAUCAACAAUUUUUGGAAUCUGUCGGAAAGUGGGCAUUGUUCACUAAGCCCUCUUAUCGAAAGCGAUUAUUCUGUGGAUGUUUCACACAAUUCAUUGGUCAGUCUACGGGUGUUUUGGUAAUCAACAACUACCAAGUAAUGCUCUACAACUCCCUCGGACUCUACGACUCAAUGCCACUGCUAUUAUAUGCGGUUUAUUUGACUUGGGCAUCAUUAAUGAACUACAUGUCAACCUACAUCAUCGAUCGGGUGGGGCGAGUGCGUCUAAUGAUAUUUGGCCUUAUUGGCGGCACUGUCGCUGUCAUUUGCGAGGCUACUAUGGUUGCUGAGUUCUCAGGUACCCAUAAUAAGAUCGGUAAUGGCUUCGGCGUUUUCUUCCUCUUCCUCUUUGUCACAUUCUACGGCGGCUGUCUUGACGCCACAACAUAUGUGUACAGCGCGGAAAUAUUUCCAACUCAUGCACGGGGACUAGGUAUGGGACUUUCGAUCUUUACGCAGUUCUGCACCACUCUGGUUUACACCCAAGUUGCGCCAAUUGCCUUCAACAUAAUUCAAUGGCGCUACUAUCUUAUUUUUAUCAUCUUGCCGAUCAUUGGAGCAGUCUUGAUGUUGUUCACGUUUCCAGAGACGAAAGGAUUGUCUCUCGAGGACAUUUCUCGGGUAUUUGAGGAUGAAGGCGAUGCUGUUGAAUUGAGUGCUCAAAGGCCAGGCAAUGAGUCGGAAAAAACUUCUGUUUCUCACACCGAAUUUGUCUGA